AUAACAAAUGCAGUAAACAUCGAGUUUCAAGAAAAUUAAUUUUAAAAAGCAAGCGCGUUUGGGAUUCCAUGUUCGAAUCCCUGCUCAUCCUCUUCCUGCCUUGCUCCUGGUAUUUUACACUACAAAAGGAAAGGAAAGUAGGGUCUCCAUCAUAGUCCUGUGGAAAUGCCGAAGACCAUCAAGGGUCAUCGUAAAUCCGGUAGAAAAGCGCUUUCAAACAUCUCAAAUUGUAAUCAUCCACCGAACCAGAAUAGAACAGUUUCAAAACAAGCUGAAGCUAACAAUAAUGGCGGCGAUGAUGCCGAUGAUAAUUGUGCGAUUGACCGUCUUCAUGCCGCUCACAAGAAUCUGUCCCAGCUUAUCGAACAGAUUGGACUGGUAAUUCAUGCUCAUAAGCCCAAUCCUGCCCACAAAUUGGGAGAACCUGAUAUCGAGUGUUUUAUAGGAGAAUUAUUAGCAACUCAUUCCAAAUUACAGGGAUGGCUUCCAAAAUUUGAACAAGCAUUUAGCUGUCACUCAGAUAUUUCAGAGAAACAGCCACUUCCUCUGUCACCUGUAGUUUCAUCUUCAGCAAUAAAUGAUGAAAAUUUGUUUACUCUAAAUAAUUCCAGGAAUUCACUGUCCCCUUCACCCCUCGUGUCAUGGCCUUUGGGCAUUACAACUGAUUGUGGUAGGGAGUUAUUUGCUCUGACACCACUUCCCAAAUUAAGAACUUCUACAGACUUUAAAGGGUUUUUCACUGCAGCACCAACUGCAUGUGGUGAUAAAGGUGAACUGGCUUCUGUGUUAAAAACACCAGUGCCUUUUCAACAUCUGAAUAAGCUUCAAGAAAAAGUUGAGGCUGUGACUUCACAAAAGUUAGAGGCUGUGAUUCCAGAACAAGUUGAUGUUGUGACUCCGCAAAUUUCGAAAUGCCACACAUUGAAGUCUACUCAAAUGUUCAGGGGCAGUUCAUUGCAAUGUUUAAAGGAGGAUACUUCAAAGAUGUUUGCAACACCUGGGCUGGAGAUAUCUCCCCCAAAAACCUGUUUACUGAUGCGGCCAAUCUCAAAACCAUUGCAGCUGCAGAAUGAUGUUUCUGUUGAAUCAACUCCUCCUGUAACUGUUAAUUUUCGGAAGUUUGAUGAAUCUUUAUCAUCUGAUGACUCCCCGAUUCCAAAGAGUCUUAGGAUCAAAUACCCUGAUCUUUUUAAAAAAGUAGCAGACGAUUGCCCACCAAUGAAGACCCCAGUACAAAUGUCUCCACACCUUGGGAUGUCACCUCCAAAAACGUGUGUCCUGAUGGUACCGUCAACAGAUGCGUUAUCGGAUGAUCAGGAUAUUUUUGAUUCAGAUAAGUCAUUUGAAAGGGAUAAAUAUUCAUGUUCUUCAGAAGUUCCCCAUAAUUUAUCUGUAUCAGUAGAUUGUGGUGAAGCUGGAAAAAGUGGAGGAUACACUGAUAAAACAAACCCUGAUGCAAAAGUACUGAUGACUAAUUAUCCAAAUUCUCUAUGUCAAGCAUUGGCUUUUCCAACAUUUAGCUCUAAGAUGGAGCAAACUGAGGAAGUUGCAAAGAAAUCUCAAGAACCAUGUGAGACAAUGUCUUCAACUGGAGCAGGGCAUGAGGAAAAGAAGGUCUCAUCUUAUAUGUGUAGAUCUCUUGACAACUCAGAUCCUGUUCAUCCAAGACUUUCCAUGGCUGAAGGUACUCCCAUCUUUAAAAUUAAUUUUUCUAAUGUUCAAAAUACAGAACAAAGGGCUAAACAACCUGGUGAGCAGACUCUUCGGAGAGAAUUGUGGUCAAAACUUAAAGCUGCAUCUGCUGAUGCAUAUCCUAAAGCAAAUAAAGAUUUUCUAAGCAAUCUUCAGGAGACUUCCAUUGAAGACAAUUCUCGAACAAAUGUUACAUCACAUAUUUGCAGCUUGGCAAAAUCCUCCCUUUCCUCAAAGAAUGAGGCAAUCCCUGAGAAGAGAAGUAUUGAUUUGGCAAAAUCUGCAGCAAGAAUCUCUGUCAAGCAAAGUGCUCAGAGAUCCUACACAAGAGAUAUGUUGCAGAAGGCUGGAGAUGUUUCUAUAUUGGAUCCAAUGAAACGAACCCAGAUGAUUAAACCAAGCAAAACUGAUUCCACCAUAAUGAGAACUUCAAGAUUCCAACGUAAGGUCAAGCAAGCUGAUGAGACUUCUUACACCACUCGCUUCCAUGCACCAUAAAGAGAAACCCGAGGCUAUUCACAUAUUUUUGAAAUUUGUCUUAGAGCAACCAUCUUGUCAAAGGUGUAAUACCACAUUCUGGGGUUUAUGCUUACCUUAAGCAUUUUAUGCUUUCACAUAUUAUAUGAUUGGAAAACUAAUCAUCAUAAAAAAAAACGGAAGGCAAAACAUCCCCAAGGCUAUUUACUUAUUUUCAAAAUCUCUAGAGAGCAACCAUCUAGCUAAAGGUGUAAUACCACUUUAUGGGGUUCAUCCUUACCUCAAGCACUUUCUAGUGUGUAUUUAUGCUCACGUUCAGCACUUUGUGCUCUCAUAUAUGAUAUGAUUUGAAAAUUUAAUCAUGGCGAAAACAGGUAAGGCACAGUGAUCAUGUUUUGUAUGUAUAAUAAUUCCUGUUAGAAGUAGCAGCUAAUAGGGAGGGAAAUGAUCCCUAUUAUAAUUAUUUUCUUUAUGUUGAUACAAGUUUAUGAAAAUGUCCAUUGUCACCCUGAAAUGUAAUUUUGAUCAUUUUUCUUUGUAUAUGGACUGAGAAUGUGGUGAGAGGGUACUAAAAUGUUGCCAUAACUUAUUUUGUAAAUUUUAAAGAAUGGAUUAGUUAAAUAA